CUUGCUUCUCCCCACUUCCGCUCGGCCAGGCUCCCCGGUCCCCGACGUGCAGGCGGCCCCCAACCCAGCGCCCCCCAGCGCGGUGCGGGCAGAUGCCGCCUCGGCGCCUAGCGGGCACGGCGGCGGCGCGGCCGGAGCUUUGUAGGAAACCAACCUCAGAGAGGCAGACGGGAUGGCUAGCUCAGCCCGGGAGCACUUGCUUUUCGUGCGGCGCCGAAACCCGCAGAUGCGCUACACGCUGAGCCCAGAGAACCUCCAGAGCCUGGCAGCGCAGAACUCAAUGCCGGAGAACAUGGCCCUGCAGCGUGCCAACAGUGACACGGACCUGGUGACUUCCGAGAGCCGCUCCAGCCUGACGGCCAGCAUGUACGAAUACACGCUGGGGCAAGCCCAGAACCUCAUCAUCUUCUGGGACAUCAAGGAAGAGGUAGACCCCAGCGAUUGGAUUGGACUCUAUCACAUAGAUGAGAAUUCUCCGGCCAACUUCUGGGAUUCUAAAAACAGGGGUGUGACUGGAACCCAAAAAGGACAAAUUGUAUGGAGAAUUGAGCCUGGGCCCUACUUCAUGGAACCGGAGAUCAAAAUCUGUUUCAAAUACUACCAUGGCAUUAGUGGGGCCCUGCGAGCCACAACCCCCUGCAUUACUGUGAAGAACCCGGCUGUGAUGAUGGGGGCAGAAGGCAUGGAAGGAGGUGCCUCAGGAAGUCUGCACUCUAGGAAACUCGUUAGCUUCACUUUGUCAGAUCUCAGGGCAGUUGGGCUCAAGAAAGGGAUGUUCUUCAAUCCUGACCCUUAUCUUAAGAUGUCCAUUCAGCCAGGGAAGAAGAGCAGUUUCCCAACCUGUGCCCACCACGGGCAGGAGAGAAGGUCCACGAUCAUCAGCAACACAACCAACCCCAUCUGGCACAGAGAGAAAUACUCCUUUUUUGCACUUUUAACUGAUGUCUUAGAAAUUGAAAUUAAAGACAAAUUUGCCAAGAGCCGUCCGAUCAUCAAGCGCUUCCUGGGGAAACUGACCAUCCCGGUGCAGAGGCUGCUGGAGAGGCAGGCCAUCGGUGAUCAAAUGCUCAGCUACAACCUUGGCAGAAGGCUCCCAGCUGACCACGUGAGCGGCUACCUCCAGUUUAAAGUGGAAGUCACGUCCUCUGCUCAUGAAGAUGCAUCUCCAGAGGCCGUAGGCACCAUUCUCGGGGUCAGCACUGUGAACGGAGACCUGGGCAGCCCAUCUGAUGACGAGGAUAUGCCGGGGAGCCACCAUGACAGCACUGUCUGUGCUAACGGGCCAGUGUCUGAGGACAGCGCUGCUGAUGGGACCCCCAAGCAUUCUUUCAGGACUAGCUCUACUCUGGAGAUCGACACAGAGGACUUAAUCUCUACUUCCUCAAGAAACUCACCUCCCAGGGGCCGCCAGGAUUCACUCAACGAUUACUUAGAUGCUAUUGAACACAACGGCCCCUCCAGGCCAGGGGCAGCCUCCUCUUCCUCUGAGCGGUCCAUGGGAGCCUCUCCCAAGCUGAGGAGUAGUUUUCCCACUGACACAAGACUCAAUGCGAUGCUUCAUAUAGACUCAGAUGAAGAAGACCAUGAGUUCCAGCAAGACCUAGGUUACCCAUCUUCCUUGGAGGAGGAAGGAGGCUUGAUCAUGUUCAGCAGGGCAUCAAGAACUGAUGACGGGAGCUUGACAUCUCAGACCAAGCUAGAGGAUGACGAGCCUGUUGAGAAUGAGAAUGCCUCUGUGCAGGAAACCACUUCCUUAGACGAGAGGCCAGAGAAUCUUCCAGAGGUUGCAAAUGGUUCCUUGCCCUCAAGUGCAGCCCCUGACGAAAGUGAAGCAGGCCUGGAGCCUCAACCCAGUGCUGACCAGGGCAGCACUGAACUGAGUGGCUCUCAAGAGGUAGAUCUGCCCACCAGUGGUGCGGACGCUGGGGCUUCUGAUACAUCUGGAGGGAGCCACAGGGCUGCCAGCGAGACGGAGUCCCUGGACCAGGGAUCUGAACCUUCCCAGGUGUCCUCUGAGACGGAACCCAGUGACCCUGCCAGGACAGAGAGUGUGAGUGAGGCCAGCACCAGACCCGAGGGAGAGAGUGACCUGGAGGGUGCAGACAGCUCAUGCAAUGACAGCGUGACCACACAGCUGUCCUCCGUGGAGACGCGGUGCUCAUCUCUAGAGAGCGCACGAUUUCCUGAAACCCCAGCCUUUUCUUCUCAGGAGGAGGAAGAUGGGGCCUGCGCAGCCUCAGCAGCAGCAGCUGAGCCCACCAGCAGCGGCCCUGCAGAGGGGUCGCAGGAGUCCAUCUGCACCCCGGGGUCUUUACCUGCUGUGCAGGUGCCCAGCAGGGAAGAGGAAGGGCCAGGGGCUGAAGCUGCUGCUUUAUCUGAACAGGGGGAGCUGGGGGAGGUGUGGCAGAGGAGGGGGAGUGCUGAGGGAGCUGCUGCUGCUCCUGCUGCCUCUGCUGCUGCCACCACUGGGGAGAGCCAGCCCCAGGAAGAGGAGGAUGCUGGGGACACCCCUGGUGCCUGCGAAGGGGCCACUGCCCAGGAGGAAGGCGCCAUUGGAGGUUCUCAAACCAAUGGCCACCAGCCCUUGCGGUCACUACCUUCAGUGCGCCAGGACGUCAGCCGGUACCAGAGGGUGGACGAGGCUCUCCCACCAAACUGGGAGGCACGCAUUGACAGCCACGGCAGGAUAUUCUAUGUGGACCAUGUAAACAGAACCACGACGUGGCAGCGGCCGACAGCUCCCCCUGCCCCGCAGGUCCUGCAGAGAUCCAACUCCAUACAGCAAAUGGAACAGCUGAACCGGCGUUAUCAGAGCAUCCGCAGGACCAUGACGAAUGAGAGGCCUGAGGAAAACACCAGUGCUCUUGAUGGGGCAGGGGAGGAAGCCGACUUUCACCAAGCCAGCGCAGACUUCCGACGGGAGAACGUCCUGCCCCACUCUACCUCCAGAUCCAGGCUCACGCUGCUGUUACAGUCGCCCCCUGUGAAGUUCCUCAUCAGCCCAGAGUUCUUCACCGUGCUGCAUUCUAACCCUAGUGCCUACCGCAUGUUUACAAACAACACGUGUCUGAAGCACAUGAUCACCAAAGUCCGGCGGGACACCCACCACUUUGAGCGCUAUCAGCAUAACAGGGACCUUGUGGGAUUCCUCAACAUGUUUGCAAACAAGCAGCUGGAGCUACCGAGGGGCUGGGAGAUGAAACACGAUCACCAGGGCAAGGCAUUCUUCGUUGACCACAACUCCAGAACCACCACGUUCAUUGAUCCUCGGCUCCCGCUUCAGAGCAGUAGACCCACAAGCGCGCUCGUGCAUCGGCAACACCUGACGAGGCAACGCAGCCACAGUGCGGGUGAGGUAGGAGAGGAUUCUCGGCAUGCAGGACCGCCAGUUCUUCCCCGGCCAUCCAGCACGUUCAAUACAGUCAGUAGGCCGCAGUACCAGGACAUGGUGCCAGUGGCUUACAAUGACAAAAUUGUUGCAUUUUUGCGUCAACCCAACAUCCUUGAAAUCCUACAAGAGCGCCAACCUGAUCUUACCAGAAAUCACUCACUCAGGGAGAAGAUCCAAUUUAUCCGUACUGAAGGGACCCCUGGAUUGGUGCGGCUCUCAAGUGAUGCAGACCUUGUCAUGUUACUGAGUUUAUUUGAGGAAGAGAUAAUGUCCUAUGUGCCUCCACAUGCCUUACUCCACCCCAGCUACUGUCAGUCCCCGCGAGGCUCGCCUGUGUCAUCUCCCCAGAACUCACCAGGUACUCAGCGUGCCAAUGCCCGGGCUCCAGCCCCUUACAAGAGAGAUUUUGAAGCCAAACUAAGGAACUUUUACAGGAAGUUAGAAACUAAAGGAUAUGGACAAGGCCCAGGGAAAUUAAAGUUAAUUAUCCGAAGGGAUCACUUGCUGGAAGAUGCUUUUAAUCAGAUUAUGGGCUACUCCAGAAAGGACCUGCAGAGGAACAAACUGUACGUCACCUUCGUUGGGGAGGAAGGGUUGGAUUACAGUGGGCCUUCCAGAGAGUUCUUCUUCCUGGUAUCCAGAGAACUCUUUAACCCCUAUUAUGGCUUAUUUGAAUAUUCAGCCAAUGACACAUACACAGUACAAAUAAGUCCCAUGUCUGCUUUUGUAGACAAUCACCAUGAAUGGUUCCGGUUCAGCGGGAGGAUCCUCGGUCUUGCACUAAUACACCAGUAUUUGUUGGACGCCUUCUUCACACGGCCCUUCUACAAGGCUCUUCUUAGAAUCCUGUGUGACCUGAGCGAUCUAGAAUACCUUGAUGAGGAGUUCCACCAGAGUCUUCAGUGGAUGAAGGACAAUGACAUCCAUGACAUCCUAGACCUCACGUUCACUGUGAACGAAGAAGUUUUUGGACAGAUUACUGAACGAGAGUUAAAGCCAGGGGGAGCCAAUAUCCCGGUCACAGAGAAGAACAAGAAGGAGUACAUUGAGAGGAUGGUGAAGUGGAGGAUUGAGAGGGGUGUGGUGCAGCAGACAGAGAGCUUAGUUCGAGGUUUCUAUGAGGUGGUUGAUGCCAGGCUAGUAUCUGUCUUUGACGCACGAGAACUGGAGCUGGUCAUUGCUGGCACGGCUGAAAUAGAUCUCAAUGAUUGGAGAAACAACACUGAAUACAGAGGCGGGUACCACGACAAUCACAUUGUAAUCCGGUGGUUUUGGGCUGCAGUAGAACGAUUCAACAAUGAACAACGAUUGAGGUUGUUACAGUUUGUUACAGGCACAUCUAGCAUUCCCUAUGAAGGAUUUGCUUCUCUCCGAGGGAGUAAUGGCCCAAGAAGAUUCUGUGUGGAAAAAUGGGGAAAAAUCACUGCUCUUCCCAGAGCCCACACUUGUUUUAACCGCCUGGAUCUUCCUCCAUACCCUUCCUUUUCCAUGCUUUAUGAAAAACUCUUGACAGCAGUUGAAGAGACCAGUACUUUUGGACUUGAGUGACCUGGAAGCAUGAUGCUCAUCUUUCUGUGGACAGGCAGAUUCAGAAGCCAUCCUCCAGAAGAGUGAUGUAGCAUUGGUAGUCUCAAGCCUAGGCUUCCAUUAGAAGAAACUGAGUGCUGCUCUCUGGGAACACAUGCUCCUGUGUUUCAGGACUGGCUGUGAGUCCUCUUGGAAGGAUUGGAGUAAGCUUGGUGCCCAUGGAACAACCCAACAGUCUUUCAAUCAACAGUUCUUGACUGCCAAACCUUUCCCAUUUGUUAUGUUCCAAGAUAAAGACAGAUCUGCACAUUUUCAACUCCAUGUUGGCUUUUGAGAGUCGGGAGAAUCUUGAAACACUUCUGUGAAGCGAAACUGGCAGCACUGACCCAAUCUCUAAAUUAGCGCAAGUGAAAGAAUAUCAUAAAAAAAUACGUCUCCUGAAAGUACAUGUGUUUAAGCCCUAAGUUAUAACAGAAUAUUCACUUCUUGCUUAUGAGUGCCUGCAUGGUGUGCACUAUAGGUUUCAACCUUCACAGGACAAGAGUGAAAACGAAACCAAGUCAGUAUGAGGUAACUUUAAAGAUUUGCAAUAAGGUGGUCUGUGACAAUGUAUAUGCAAGUGGUAUGUGUCUAAUUAUGGCUGAAGACAAACUUAUUCAAUGAAUUACUAAUGACAGAUUUUAUGCUUUAUAAUGCAUGAAAACAAUUUAAAAAUAUUUAGCAAUUAAUCACAGCAUAUCAGAAAAAUGUACACAGUGAGUUCUGUUUAUUUUUUAUAGGUUCAUUACAUUUCUGUUCUUUAAAAUGUAUAUAAGGACCUACCUACCAUAUUGUAUGUACCACCUCAACAUCUCCAUGUUCCAUGCUUACUUGGGCAUCUUGCUAGUAUGUACCCUUUCAAGCACGCUCAAGGGAACUAAAGGGCCUUUUAUUUUUAUAAAGGUUAAAAAAUUUCCCUGAAAUAUUUUGCACUGAAUGUACCAAAGUCGAAGGGACAUUAUACUACGACUAACAGCAGCUCCAUCAUUUGACAAGUUGAAGUAGCUUCUAAAUCAGACUUCCUUCACAGUGCCAUGUCAACCACUGCAAGGACUGUGCAUCUAAGUAAUAAUUUUUUAAGACUCACUCUACGUGAUAGUAUGAUAUGCAUUUAUUUAAAAUGCAUUAGACUCUCUUCCAUCCAUCAACUACUUUAUCGGAUGGCAUUUAUUACAGAUAUUUCGUAUUUCCCCCACUGCUUUUUAUUUGUACAGAGCCACUAUACACUAAGCUUGGUUAGGGAGUCAUCAGCAAUGACAGAGAGCUCAGCUCUCCUUAAUAGUGAGAAUUCCACUUUCCCUCAUCAGUGAAGAUACCAUAAAUUGAAACUCUCAAUACUAUAUUUCUAAGCCUGCAUUUUCACUGAUGCAUAAUUUUCUUAUUAAUAUCAAGAAAAAAAUUUUCUAUGGUCUCUUAGAAACUGCAUGUCCUCAUUGACAGGUCUUCCUAAUUUGAUGAAAGGAUUUCCUCCAUUUUAGUUGCUUUGGGGACUGACCCACACCAUUGUUUGUUCCUUGAUUUAUGACCAUAACUCAUCAAAACAUAAUACAGUAAAGUGGAAUUGAGGGUGGUAAAACCCUUGGAUUAACGUUUAAUUUGACAGCCUGAGGGGUUACAGGCAUUAUCUGUACGUUGCUUUGAGAAUCUUGUUUAUAAGUAUCAUGGACUUCCUGUUGUGGGAAUGUGGGUAACUUUACAUUUUAUAGAGGUUACAUGCACAGUUCUCAUAGGUGUUUUAUAAGUGCAGUUAUUCUCCUGUUAGUAAAGCUGUGUUUACUGUUGGGACCCUCAAGAAGAAUGACACUCAUGUUGUGUUACUGUGUUAAAGAUAAGUAUUGGGUGUGGGAAGAUAUUCCAGGAGAAAACAAAUUAUAGAAUUCUGGAAAAGAUAUAUGGGCUAUUUAUUUGUAUACCAUAAUUGGGCCAGAAAAAAAUAGAAUGACUAAAAUUUUUGACUGGAAUUAUUAGUUUGUACUUAUUUGUCAUGAAUACAAGUAUAUAUUUAAUUUUUGCAAACUGCUUUUACUUGUUUGUAUUCUUUCAUCAUAAAGAAAACAGAGCACGCUAAUACAUUUUUAAAAUCACAUUUUGAUGUAUCAGAGCAUUCCCUAACAGCUAUCAUGGGCUCGUUAAGAGAAAGAUGCCUUUCUUUCAAAAAUACAUUUCUAGAUCAUGUUAGUGUACAUUUGGCUUGAGACACUUUGCCACCAUAUGCCAUAUUGCUAGGCAAAAGAGAUUUGAAAUAAAAUGUUCCUCCGUAACUAUUUCUAAUAAAUGCUGUUUUGCAGUUGAUGCUAAGGCACUCAGCUUCUCAAAUAACAGUUUUAAAUGUAUCCAAACAUUCUUAAAGUAAUAGAAUUUAGUCCCAGUUGGCACUGUUCUCAGAAUUGGGAUUUAUCAAAAUUGUAGCUAGCAUAUCAGAAAACCAUAAUAACCCAUUAAUCUUCAUGGGUAAAACAAAAAGCAGGCAAUAAUAGGUCUACAAAAGUUAAACACAUCCCCAGAAUAAAUUAGAUGUUAUUGUACUCUACACUUAGAAAUACUCAUAAAUAUGUUCUUCCAGACUGUGAACCCCGAUAACUUGGCUCUUUGGUUUUGUCUUAAGAGAUUUAUAAAUAAUGCUACUAACAGUGUAAAAGACAGUUUUGAGCCACCAUGGAUGUAUCAUCUUUGAGGGCACAGGCACACUGUUGGCAUUCCCUCCAUGCCAGUCACAGCAUUUGAUGAUGGAGCUACAAGAUACUAAAUCUGCCCUUCUGAAAGAUGCUCAUAGUCUACCACAGGGGACUGGUGAGCCUUGGUUCCAAAAGCAUUUUAAAUAAAAGACAAAAUUAAAUAAAUUCUACAGUUAAUGAAUGAAGAGAGAAUAGCUUAUUCAUCUCAGAGGCGUGGGUGUGGCUUCAUGUAUGUGAAACUGUUAGCUAAAAGACAUCAUCAUAUAUGUGCUAUUUCUGGUGGGAAAUACAAGGGUGCCAGAGAAUAUCAAUGCUGGUAAAUCUUGAGACACAAAACACAUUCAUACAAUGAGGGUUUACAAUAUGUAAAUGGGGGCUGAGCUGUAAAGGAGCAACACAAGGAUCUUCAAAUGGUCAAAGAAAUGAAGUCUGGAGAUUUCCUCCAGUCCCUGUACUACAACAUAAGUUCUAUUUUCAGUGUAAAACAUCACAGUUCCUGAGCACAAACCACAUAUGGGAUCACUUUUUUUUGUGUGUGUGUGCACAAAAUGAACAGAAGCCAUAGUUUUCUAGUAUAUGUUGUAUUUACAGUUUAAUGGCCAUUCUGUAAUAAGUACAUAUAAAAGACACAGUUGAAUCAGAGAAGGAAUACAUUUUACAAAAUGAAAGUAUAGCACAUCCAAACAUCCUUAUUAAACUCUAGUCUUAAGAAAAAUGGCUGAGAUCUCGUCUCCGCCACCAUGAUGAAAACGCCCAGCAAGGGUGGGGACUGUGGGUUAUGUUUGCAUAGCACUGACGAGUUUCACGGUGCUUAUGGCUGCAUUCUCUUUUGGUCCUCUCUGGUCUCAGGCUGAUGUUGUGAGUGAGAUGAGUCUUCGUACUUUGUUGCCACAAUUAUGUUUCACCUCUAGAAAUAUGAAGACAUGUUUGUACCAAUAUACUCAACUUUCUAAUGUUCUGCUUUCCCAAACGCUCACUCUCUUAAGCAUACUUAGAAUGUGACACUUGCACAGAGGCCAUGGAGAAAGGAGUAUAUUCAUGGAAAAGGCCCCUCACUGAAGUAGUGUUUAUAUUUCUCACCUGUGGGAGGAACUUAAGACAAAUCUGAUUGUGUUCAGUGGAUUUGUACAGCACAGGAGUUUGGCUUUCUUGGGGGUUAUGUAAAAGCAAGAGUAUGAAAAAGACACCAAGAGGCCUGGCUUGCAUUAUUAGUUUUUGAUAACCCUGAGUCUUCAAAGGCCUGGCGGCUGAAUCCCAGUGAUGUGAUAGAAGGGAGCUCAACAGCUUCUGGUCUUUUCUGUAUUCCUGGUGUGUGUUCAAAUGUUUAUCCUUCUUUUACACAGCUAUUUCUAACAGGUAUGCAGCUUAUCAUGAAGACUCUAGAGUUUCAUUCAAUUUAACUUCAUUCAGGAAAUUCUAGGGGCAGGAAAUGAGGCCAUUCUAUUGUUAAAAGGCUUCACUAGCCCCACAUAAGAAGCAGCAUGCAGUUGAAGAAUAUGACCCAAACUCCCAGCUACAGUUGAGAUUCAGGCCAGCUGCCGAUGAGUGGCAUCCUAAACCAGCCGCCCUGCUUCUGUGUGGCUUGACUUUAAAUAAAUGGGACCGUACCUUGAAAGCAUAUUCUAGUUGGCAGAAUCUAUUUGCUUUGUAGUUCUGUGGCAUUUCCAUAUAACUUUUCUAUCGUAGAAACAAAGGAAUGCUAAAAGCAUCAAAGCUUCUGAGCUACCCCUUAAGGUCGACAGACACCAGUAGAAGGGUGAUUAAAAAUAAAACAGAACAGAGAUGCCGGAAAAUUGUACCACCUUGAUAGUGUAAUGCUAGCUACUGUUAAGACUCCAGAGUAAGAGCUGUGUUCCCAGGAACUGGCAUUAUGGAUGUAAUGAGUGUGUUCGCCCUAUCAGAACAAUCUGGGUUAGGAGUAAAGGCACAUUUAAGAGCACAGAAUAGGCAAGGGAACAGUGGAACAGCGGGGCAGGCAUCAUCAGACUUGGAGCGUGCUAGUGGGGUAUGAAUGUGUUCCAUUUUGGCUUCUGAGUUUUGAGAACAAUGCACUCAUGUUUAGUGAAGGCACUGAUUGGCCAUCUACCUGGUGGGAAACGCCCUUGCUGUAUGACUUCAGCAGGCUAAUAUUUCCUGUAUUACAAAAUGUCAUUUAGUCCCAGAGUUUUAAGGCUAAUCAAGCGAUCAAGAAUUCAUAUUAAGUUAUUGCAUUUUUAACUUAAAAGUUAUUGUUACUACUAUCCAGCACUGUCUAUGAAAUAAAAAAUGCUUUUAUUUUGUUAUGCUGAAUUUGUUUUCACAGCUUUUGAGACAUUCUUAUACUAUCCAAUGUUGAUUUAAAUAUUUAUUCCCUAUUAAUCUGGAAAGCAAAGAUCCCAAGUGUGAGGUUACUGAUUUGCAAAAGGAGACCUGAUGAGUGUUCCUAUUGAAGAAGUAACUCAGGAGAGUGGAUACGUUUGCUUAGAUUUUGAUCUUCGAGGUAUUUUAUUCUGGUUUCAUGAUCAAACACCUCAACAGAACAGGGUGGCUCUAGCUGCGUCUGGUUUUUAUGUCUAGUGGCCUUGGGCAGGUGAUAUCUUCAUAUCCAAUUUUCUUUUAAGAUAUUACAGCCCUGAGGAAUGUUGAUAGGUAUGUUGUAUGAUUCAAACUGAAUCAGCUAUUACUGGUGUAGGUAAGAAAUCAAUCAGUAAAAUCUGAUGGUUAUCACCUUCUGUAAAAAGGGAUGGGUAAUGUUCAAGAAACAUCUUGGAAGUGUUCUGUGAGGACCCUAAUGCCCCCAAAAAAUGUAAUUACAGCUUAUUUUUCUUUAUAGGAUAUCAUAAGUAAAUUAUGGGGGCUGUUAGCACAUUGGAAAGUGCAUAAGAUUAUGUUUUUAUAAUAGGGAUGCAGGCAUUCCAAAAUAAAUGAAUAAAAAAAAUACAUGCAUCUCUCUUGCCUCUUGCUGAAAGUAUUCAUCUAAUUUUAUAAUAAUGCUUACUUUUUAAUAUUAAGGCUCUGAAAAAACAUUUUAUUUCUAAGAUUUCAGUAGAGCACAGGUGGUGUGUUGUUUUUAAGCCUUUGCACCUCUCUUCACCAACCCCACUCAUUAUGUCCACUACACCAUAGAUCACACUUCUGAUUUUGUUGAGAUGGUUUAAGCUCUAUUUAUUCAGGUUACGUUUUAGUAGAGAAUAGUAGUGGGAGGUAUUUGCUAUUAGAAUUAAGAUUAUGCAGCCCUCAUUUUACCUUACAUUUACAUUUUUAAGGCACAUAGUUUAGGUCAUUAGAGACAUCCUAGAAUGCUUCAUGGGUGGUAUUACGCAACACUUAGGACUGAAUUAUGAACCAGUUGUUCAUUUUCUGGGAAGUCUGUAUUCUUAUCCUCACCUGAGCCACCAACUCUUGUGUUAUAUUUUUUAUGAUUAUGAAAUGCUUUGAUGGAAAGAUAUUUUAAUGUGUACAAUUUGUUUUAUUUUCAUACUGAUCUCUAUUUUUGUUUAAAACCAUGUUACAUCAUGAAAUCACUUAAUCAAAAAUAAAUCUUCUUUUAAAAAAUGAA